AUGUCUGUUACCCAGCUCGCUGCAUUCCAGGAGCUCAUAAGUUCUAUGCGGGACCUUCAAGUCUCCAGCUAUACAUGCGGCGCUGGAAUGGUUGUCCUCCUUUACGACUUUAUCUUGACCAUACCAGAGGAGGUCAAGGCAAUGUACUUUUGGAACCGCUACUUUACCGUACCGUGGAUCAUUGUCGCCAACUAUCAUAUUGCAGGACUGAGGGGACCUCUAUCCAAUCAGUUGUAUGUCUUUAUUCCCUCCCUCGCCAUCGUGCAGGGUGUAUCCAUCGCUAUCGGUAUACAACUGCUUGCUCUACGCGUCCUGGCGCUGUACAAGAAUAGCGAAAUAGUUCGCCUCGGUCUUUAUACUUACCUGGCUGCAUGUCACAUCACACUGCUCGUAAUCACCACAAUGACUAUGAAGCAAUUUGUUCCCUUCCUCAUGUAUCUUCCCAUCACCAAAACCUGCUAUACAGUUCCGAACCCACUCAUCAAAUUUGUCUACAUACCACCUAUUGCCGCAGAAUGUGGUAUCAUGAUCCUCCAGGCUGCCAAUCACAUUUACCGAGGGCGACAACGGACAUUUUUACAUACACCCUUAAUCUCGACGCUUUACAGAGACGGGUAUCUAUGGUUUGGGUGUGUUAUCAGUGUCAGAUUACUUUGCCUGUUGGUCUACCUAUUUGCGCCCGUCAGUCUGUGGUCUCUCUCCAAUCAGCUCGACUUUCCCCUUUCAACUGCCCUAAUCUCUCGAUUCUUCCUCCAACUUCGUGGGGCAGUCGAUACCGACGAUGAAGACGUGACACUGGCGCCGCACACCAGCGUGCGAUCCAAUCCACAGCACAUAAACCUACGUCCUGCUGUCCACGUUGAUAACGGCCGGGUAAAUUCGCCCGUCCCACUACGAGAGCUACGAAGAUUCAAGUCGACCCGGAUAAGUCGGAUAUGA